UACUUACAAAUUUCCUUGGCUUUGAAAGCUUAACCAUAGCUUUGAAAGCACUAAACAUACAAACACCAAACAACCUUUCAUAAAGAAUUAACGUACAAGGACAAAAAUGCCCUCCGACAAAGACAAUGACAACGCUGCUGCUGCCACCACCGGAAACGGAGAAACUGUUUGUGUGACAGGUGCUGGUGGGUUCAUAGGCUCAUGGAUGGUUAAGCUCCUCCUCCAGAAAGGGUACACCGUUAAAGGGACUCUCAGAAAUCCAGAUGAUCCAAAGAAUGCACAUUUGAGGGAGUUGGAAGGAGCAAAGGAAAGGCUGAUACUGUGUAAGGCUGAUCUUCUUGAUUUUGAGGGACUUAAAGCUGCUAUUACUGGCUCUCAUGGUGUUUUUCACACUGCUUCUCCUGUUACUGAUGAUCCUGAACAAAUGGUAGAGCCAGCAGUUAUCGGGACGAAAAAUGUGAUAACAGCAGCAGCAGAGGCAAAGGUGAAGCGUGUGGUGUUUACAUCUUCAAUAGGAGCGGUCUAUAUGGACCCAAAUCGGAGCCCCGAUAAGGUGGUGGAUGAGAGCUGUUGGAGUGAUCUCGACUUUUGCAAGAACACUAAGAAUUGGUAUUGCUACGGGAAGGCGGUGGCGGAGCAGGCAGCAUGGGAGGUGGCGAAGGAGAAAGGAGUGGAUCUAGUGGUGGUGUGCCCGGUGUUAGUAUUGGGGCCAAUAUUGCAAUCAAGUAUAAAUGCAAGCAUCAUUCAUAUACUAAAGUACUUGACUGGGUCAGCCAAAAAAUAUGUGAAUUCAGUUCAAGCUUAUGUGCAUGUUAAGGAUGUGGCAUUGGCCCACAUUUUAGUGUAUGAGAAUCCCUCUGCUUCUGGACGCUUCCUUUGUGCUGAGAGUGUGCUCCAUCGAGGGGAUGUCUGUGAGAUUUUGGCCAAAUUCUUCCCUGAGUAUCCUGUUCCUACAAAGUGCUCAGACGAAGUGAACCCAAGAGCAAAACCAUACAAGUUCUCCAACCAAAAGCUGAAGGACUUAGGAUUGGAAUUCACCCCAGCUAAGCAAUGCUUAUACGACACCGUUAAGUGCCUCCAAGAUAAGGGUCACCUUCCUAUACCUUCACCGCAAGAGGAUGCCGUCCAUAUCCGAACAUGAAAGCGUUAACCUAUGCAUGGCUUCGUAUGAUUAUGUAACAGUUAUUAUGAUCGAUCAAAGCUGAAAAGGGAUUCCAUAGAAUUCAGAAAUUGUUGUACUUAUAAUGGGACUAUGAUAAGCCAUGAACUAGCUUAUGCUAUUUUGACGCAAAUAUCAGAUUUCUACUUUCUAAAUUACAACCUAGGUAACUCUUUGGAUGAGGGAACGUAUUAGUACCUAACUUAUCCUCAUUAACCGGGGGUUAAAACUUUCAUGGAAGCAUUGAGCAUGAUAUCGUUAUUGAAAGUGUAUACAAUAAUCAAUAAGAUGCAUUUAUAUCUGCUA